CAUUGGGUCGUCCUUAUACGUCACAGAUGUAAGAACAUGGAGGCGAUAUUUCAUGAAAAGCAAGAAGGAUCAUUAUGUGCGCAGCACUGUUUGAAUGCCUUGCUGCAGGGACCAUAUUUCACUGCCGUUGAUUUAGCAACUAUUGCACAGCGAAUGGAUUAUGAAGAGCGUCUAAGAAUGUCUGAAUCUGGUGUCGACAGCGAAGAGUACAGAAGAUUUUUGGAGCAACCUUCUGGAAAUUAUGAUGACAGUGGGUAUUUCUCAGUUCAAGUAAUAAGCAGUGCUCUUGAAGUUUGGGGUCUGGAACUUGUACCAUACAACAGCACAGAUGAACGAGCUUUGGAAGCCCAGAGAUGUCCUGGUGAAAUGAAUGCAUUCAUUUGCAACUAUCGUGACCACUGGUUUACAAUUCGCCGAUUGGGCCAGCAGUGGUUCAAUUUGAACUCAUUACUUAGUGGACCUGAACUGAUUAGUGACACAUAUUUAGCCAUGUUCCUAGCACAGCUGCAGCAAGAAGGUUAUUCUAUUUUUGUUGUGUUUGGGGAUCUUCCCGAGUCAGAAGCUGACAAUUUGUUGCACCUUGCCCCUGCUGUACAGCACGAGAAGCCUCGCCUGCUUGCCACAAUUGUGCGCAAAGUUGUUCCUGUAAGUGCUCAAGAUUCUGAAGAGGACCAGGACCUACAGAGAGCUGUGAGGCUGAGUCUGACUGACAGUAAUCCACCAAGAGUGACACAUAUACCAAUAGAAAUUGAACGCAGUCUGAGUACUGACGAUACAGAGUUACAAGCAGCUCUCAGACUUAGUUUGCAAGAUGAGAGUUCAUCACGCGUCACGCCAGCUAAUGAGGAAGAAGAGGACUCAAAUGAUGACAGUCGGAAGAUAAAACAUAUAGCACAGCUUGGGCGUCAUUCAGAACUUAAUUCAGCUAUAUUGACAGUGGAUAAUAACCACAAAGUACGCACACAGCAUUCGGAACAGCUGUGGCUAGAAGAAGCUACAGCCGUUGCUAUUGGUUGUCACACACCACGGACAGAGCGCGAGACGCGGCACAGAGGGAACGCCUAGCACAACCUAGGCAUAAAUACCAGACUUGUUCCUCACUGGAAUCAGUAUCAGACAGCACCUGAAGAAGACUGUGAGUCACGCAGUUGAAAUAUCAUGCGGGAAAGACGCGAAUAACUGGCAGAAACCCGAUUAAUCAACAUGACAAUUCCUCACUGGUAAAGCUUGAAGAAUUACAAGUUACGUAUUGUCAAAAAUACCCCACUUGCCAUGAAUAUAAUUUAUCAACAGAAAUAAUCAACAGGGUAGAAAGUUUUAAGUACUUGGCUGAAUGCAUUGAUGGGAACCUAAAAUGGAUAUGCCAUCUAGCUGACUUGUUAAAAGUUUAGGUUCAGGUGCUUUUGCUAUAAAAAUAAUUACCAACUUUGGGAACAUACAAACCAUUGCAAAUUUUCAUUUACUGAUGUCCUGCAUGUUAAUAUUCAGAGGGAACUCCUCACAUGGGCAAAAACUGUUUGUUGCACAAGAUAAACUGAAUAGCGUGGAAUUAUAUGUGGAGCUCACACAUCAGGCAUCUGUUUAAACAGUUAGUUAUAUCAACCACAUCUCAUAGUACAUUUGUAUAGUUGUGAAAUUUGUUGGUAAGAAUCAGUUGUGAUCAAGAGUAGCAGAGGUAUUCACCAAUACAGUACUAGAAGGAAAAAUGAUCUGCACUGACUCCUGUGGAUCUAAAUUUGACUCACAAAAGAUUGCAGUACUCAGAUAUAAAAUGCUUGUCCAUUCAAAUAAAAUGGCUGACAGACAGCAGAGGUGUUUUCAAAUUUAGAUUAAAAUUGUGUUUUCUUAAUAACUCCUCCUA